UUUAACAGAGAACUGGUGAACUAAUAUUGUAAUAUAUGUAUAUUUAAAAUGCAUACAUGGAUCUGUCAGUGUUUAUACAUUUAACAAUUUGUUAUUUUAUGCACAAAAACUGUGUGUAACAAAGUAUGGCAGUAUAGAUCACCCUACAUUUACGUUACUGUAGGCCCAGUGUAAUAUGCAACCGAGUUUAAUACAAUAAGGUAUGGGGCCCCUGCACUGUCUCUGUCAGCAAAGGGGUCCUUGGCCUGAAAAAACGUUGAAGACCGGCUUUGGAGCCAAUAAUAGAAAUGAAAAUGAAAAGGAAAGAGGUCAGAUGAGUAGCGUCUGUCAUGUGUGUUAUAUUUCUACAGGGGAACAUUGUUUAUGACUCUAUGACAAGUAAUAAAUGCAGACUGUGUCUGUCGGUUCGUGGGGAAGAGGAGGGGGCGGGGCGACCGGAGCACGAUGUGCAUGACGCGCCGGCCGCGCGCUGCAUGCCGGGAUAUGCGACGCUCUUGUUUACAAGGUGGCAGAGGAGGAUGACUCGUCUCCACUCAAAAACCAGAACCUUCGACUUGUGACUGUUCGUUCCCGACGCCGUCCUUCACGCGUGGAAGCUGUUCCGCACCGGAGCCGCCGAACGACCCCCGCACCGCACCGGACCGGAACCGCCGCUGUCCCACUCGACACGGGGGCUUUCGUUUUCUGCAGCGUCACCGACAGACACACGGGACUGUCCCUCAAAUCACAGAGGAUCAACCGUUGGCCUGCAGGAGGAUCCUUGAAUCCAGCCGAAUGAACAGAGCGACCGCAAAGCAUCUCAUUGAGGGCUACUAUCGGCAGUUAACCCAAGGCUGUGGGAAUGGCGACUGCACGAAUGAGUUUUGCGCAUCGCACGGCGAUUUUCAACCUUUGGAUAACAACUCGGCAGCUGCCAAGGCGCUUGAGAUGUUUAAGAUUAACGCCAAACUCUGUCCUCGCCCCUCCAAGAGCGAAUCGGACCCCUCCCGCCCGGGCUCCAGCGCUGACGAAAGGAUGAGCGAUAUUGACCUUUCCUCUGCCAAGGAGGACUUCUCGGAUGUUCAUUAUCUCACAGAGAACAACGUGUGUACGAUUCUGAGUUUCUGCGAGGAGGAAGGGGACUACUCUGCCCUCAUCCGCGUCAUAGGUCGGGUGUUUUCCAGUUCAGAGGCUCUGAUGAAGAGUUUUAGGAAGGAUGAGCCAAAUGCAACCGAACUCGUGGACUCUUGGACGCCAACAGGUGUGGACAAGGACGAGGAGCAGAGUGAGCAAUCCUCGGAGACGACCAGGGCUUCCUCUUCAACUGCUUCACCAGACGAGUCUCCCAAAGAAGACCAUGGCCCCUGCGAGGUCACUGUGGACAUUGACGCAGUGAGGAGGGUCUACGACCGACUUCUAACCAUUGACCAACUGGAGGCGUCUCUUGUGAACGCUCUUGUUUACCUCACCCCGAAUAUGGUGCUCGACCUGGAUUACCUCGAUGUGUACGAAACGACCCCAGAUUACCUGAACAUCUUUGUCAUCGUGAUGGAGAACGGUAACCUUCACAGUCCAGAGUACCUCGAGGUGGCACUGCCACAGUUUUGCAAAGCGAUGAGCAAACUGCCGGUGACUGCACUCGCGAGGCUCUCCAGACUCUGGUCGACGUACGGCCUCCCGCACAUCCGCCGCAUGAUGGAGACCUUCCAGCAGCUCAUCACGUACACGGUCGUCAGCAAUGAAUACAACGCGCAAAAUCUGGUCAACGACGAUGACACCGUGGUGGCUGCCACCCAGUGUCUUAAGGUCGUCUUCUACGCAAACAUCCUGGGUGGCGACGUGGAUGUGGAGCACAACGACGAGGACGAGGACGACUCCGAGUCCGAUGAGCUCUCCCUCCACGAGCUGCUGGGCGAGGAGCGGCUCUAUAAGAAAGGUCCUCGGAUCGAUCCUCUGGAGAGGGCGCUGGGAGUUCGGACUAUAGACAGCAUCAGGCCGCUCAUCCCAUUCGAGGACUUUGUCAACGAGUCCGUGAACGACGUCGUGGAGAUGGACAAAGAUUUCACCUUCUUCAAGGUCAAUGCCGAAACAAAGUUUUCGUUCCAGAGCUGCCCCUUCAUCCUCAGCGUCAUCACCAAGAACCAGGGGCUUUACUAUGACAACCGGAUUAGGAUGUACAGUGAGAGACGUCUCACCGCCCUCUACAGCAUGGUGCAGGGCCAGCAGCCCAACCCUUACCUCAAGCUCAAAGUUCGUAGAGAUCACAUCAUCGACGACGCCCUCGUCAGGCUGGAGAUGAUCUCCAUGGAGAACCCAUCUGACCUGAAGAAGCAGCUGUUUGUCGAGUUUGAGGGGGAGCAAGGUGUCGACGAAGGAGGGGUGUCAAAGGAGUUCUUCCUGUUGGUCCUUGAGGAAAUUUUCAAUCUCGAUAUAGGAAUGUUCACCUACGACAGCGACACAAAACUUUUCUGGUUUAAUUCGUCCUCACUUGAGACGGAAGCGCAGUACACCCUAAUUGGCAUCGUCCUGGGACUCGCCAUCUACAACAACUGCAUCCUGGACGUCCAUUUCCCCAUGGUCGUCUAUAGGAAGCUCCUAGGCAAGAAGGGGACCUACCUGGACCUGUCAGACUCACAUCCAGCUCUCUACCAAAGUCUGAAGGGAUUGCUUGAAUACACGGGCAACGUGGAGGAGGACAUGGCGCUCACCUUCCAGAUAUCGCACACGGACCUUUUCGGAAACCCAAUAUUAUAUGACCUGAAGGAGCAGGGAGACCAGAUCCCUGUCACCAAGGAGAACAGACAGGAGUUUGUGGAUCUGUAUGCCGAAUACAUACUGAACAAGGGCGUGGAAAGACAAUUCAGAGCCUUCAAAAAAGGCUUCCUGAUGGUCACCAGUGAGUCCCCGCUGAAAUAUCUGUUCAGACCAGAGGAGGUAGAGCUGCUGAUCUGCGGAAGCCCGAAACUUGACUUUGAGGCACUGGAAAAGACCACGGAGUACGACGGGGGUUACACCAAAGAUAGUCAAAUUAUAAAAGAUUUCUGGGAAACGAUUCACUUGUUCGCAGAGGAGCAGAAGAGGCUGUUCCUCCAGUUCACCACCGGCACAGACCGAGCACCGGUCGGUGGCCUCGGCAAAUUGAAAAUGAUCAUCGCCAAGAACGGCUCGGACACGGACAGGCUGCCAACCUCUCACACCUGCUUCAAUGCACUGCUGCUCCCAGAAUACUCCUCCAAGGAAAAAUUAAAAGAAAGACUCCUCAAGGCCAUCACGUACGCCAAAGGAUUUGGGAUGCUGUGACAGAUCCACAGGGGAAUUUUAACAACAACAAAAAGGAAAAGGAGUAUCACAAAAAUACAGGGGUGAAAUGCCAUGAAACAAAAUGCUGCAGUAACCCUGUGCCUAAACUAACCUCUCUACCAGUCGAGCUCCGGGUUCGGCCUUUCACUCUGAGGCCUCGCUUUCUGUGAGAGUCAGAUUCUUAAGGUUUCCCCAAAGAGUUUAAACAUGGCACUUGAAUAAGUUAUUCUUUUUUCUGAGUAAACAUAAGAACAUUAUUCGUGAAACUGUGAAAGUGCACUUAUACACAGUGUUUUAGUGAAUGCCAGCACAUGCAUUAAUUGUUUGAUUUAAGUUUGACUAGAUUUGCAAUUGUUCACAAUGUAGCAGUAAUCAGUCCUGGGGCCCUUUCACUACAUCUGAAUGGACCGGGCAUCAUGGUGCUUCGUGGUUACGACUGUCAUUGAGGUGAAGCCUUUUUAUAUGACCGCUGAUCCACAAGGCCUCACCGACUGCUCUUUUUCUUUUUCUUUUUUUUAACCGUUUCCUGCCAGUGCGAGAACAAACUCACCUCUGAUCCUAAAGGUUAUUUUAAAGUAUCUCUGUGUUGUGCCUCUACGUGUUACGUUUGAAUAGAAUACUGCGUGUUGUGAAACGGUGACCCCGGGCAGAAGGCUGCGUCUUCGACAGUCCGCGGGGUCCCGGAAUGUAUUUUUCUGAUUUGUCGGUUCAGAUUUUCACUAGAGCUCGACCGAUGUGGAAUUUUUGCGGGCUAAUACUGAUAUAAGGGAGUAAAAGUUUACGAUACAGAUAUAUCCACUGAUAUAUAUAUAUAUAUAUAUAUAUAAAUUGGCAAUGAUUCUUAAGAUGACAUUAGCAAGCUUUUAUGACAGAUAAAUCUAAUAUUUUAUACUUAUAACCACAAACUGUGUUAUUAAUAACUAUGAAUAAAAAGGAAAACAACCAAAUAUAUCAAGUUGAAAUAAGAAAAUAAACGCACUUAUUUAUUUUACAUGAAAUGUAAACAUUAAUAUGCAUUGUUGUACUGUAAAAAUACCAAUUUUUCACAUAUACACAUAUUGCCGCAUAUCGGUCGGGCUCUAAUUUUCACAUGCUCAAAAGGUUUUUAUCUGUCCUCUUGGUUUGUUUGCUGUAAAGUGCCAUUGACCACGCGGCAGUACGUGUGGUCACCAAACGGCGAUGACUGUAUGUGCAAAGGAGUCACACGACAUGUUUUAUUUGGCCAAAUAUCUCAGGUACAUUAUUAACUAUGUGCAGAUAAUGUGAAACUCCCAAUGUUAAGCAACAAUUAUGCAAAGUAAAUAAAGCUUGUCUUGGAUAUUGAAAGAA